AUGGAGCCCGUGGCGGCGGAGGAAGGAGAGGACCUUCGGUGGAGACGGAGCAAUACCGAUUGCGUCUCCUUCCUUGCUUCCCGCUUCGCCUGCACCAAGGGGGCUAAUUGCGAGUUCCGGCACUGCGAGGGCGCACGGUUCAACCAGAGCUGCUGGUACUGGUUUCCAGGCAAUUGCGUCAACCCGAGCUGCACUUUCCGCCACCCCCCAUUGGAAAGCAUAAACCGAACCAAACCCUUGGCAGAUCCACCUCUCUCGUAUGCUUCUGCUUCUAUCAAGGCAGCUAAUCCUUGUUAUUUCUACUACAACUCAUAUUGUAAGAAAGGUGACAAUUGUCCCUUCCUACAUGAGCCUAUAACUCGUAACGAUGUUGUUGGGAUUUCUUCUGGAGCUCUCACUUCUAAUCUUGCUAAAAAUAGCAAUCCUGCUGGAAAUGAGAUGAUUGAAUCAUCGAAAGAUGCUCUUGCUAAUCCUUGCCAAGGAAGCCCUGACCGCACAAAGGACUACCAGUCAGGACUUCCAGCCUCAAGCAGUCCCAAACAUAAUGGACUUAUUCUCAAUGCACCUCAAACAACAAUUGAUACAGUGGGAUACAUGAAAAGCUCCACACUGUCUGAUCAGAGCUCAGAAGAUUCAGCGAUUGAACAUGCUGAACAAGAUAUAUCACGUGAUUCCUCCCCUGGAUUUGAUGUUCUUGUGGAUGACGGACUUUCUAACAUGAUUGAUCUUGAGCAUCAAUCCACACAAGAAAGGGACACUGAGAUGCUUCACGUGAAACAUCGUGUCGGAGACUCCAUUGUUUAUGGUCUGGAUUAUCAUGAUGCAGAGUACAAGGAGCAAGGACUUCAUGGCUUUGAGCAUGGCAGUUGUCUUGAUUAUUUUGAAGGAGUUCAAGGGCAUGACUGUUUGACUACUUCAGGACAUAUAUUGCAUAAUAGAAUAAAUCUUGUAAAUCCCUCUUGUGAAGAGCAUGUACCAAGAUUCUUCAAUCCAAGAAGCUUAAUGGGAUCACAUUCUGGCUCUGAUCACCAGAACUCUCAGAUUGGACGCAUUUCAAAGCGACCACCUGAGAGAAGAGGUGCUAAGGGCAACAAUGACCGCAAUAAGAGAUGUCGUAUUCAUGAAGCCAGGAAUGGUUCCGAAGAGAUUGACACUAGACCAACUCAUGACAUGCAAAAUUCAUUGAGAGGAGAUUGUUCUCCGCCUCUUGCCUGUGCAACCUUCAGAGGACAGAAGAAGAGAAGUAAAAGAAAACAACGCCAUGUUCGUUCUGCUAGAUCAUCUAAAUAUUCUACUGCAAAGGUGAAGCACCUGGUUUCUGAAGAUUUUAUGGGUCCAAAGACACUUGCUCAGAUAAAAGAAGAGAAGUGUAGAUCCAAGUCAAGUGCUAGUCAUCCCACUGUUCACAUGCCUCAUGGGAGAUCGUCCUCAAAUGAUUUUGAGGGGCCCAAAUCUCUGAGUGAGCUUCUCAAGGUUAAGGGGAGGACUUCUGUUGAUAGGGAAUCAUGCUGUAGCAAGUAUUUACAACAUGAUCAACUUGGUCAGAACUCAGAAUGA